GGGCAGCAAAUUAAUAUAUAAGGUAGCAACAGGGCUCUGCAAGCACUUACAUUUCUCUAACUUCUCUGUGCUUUACACUGCAACUACUACUUCAACUUACCCACAAGCAUAAUGGCUAAUAGACCACAAGGAUUUGGAAUGACUGCUGAAGUAGCAGCCAAGAUUGCAGGGAAGUAUGAUGCUAGUUUGGAUGCACAAGCAAGAGAUUGGAUCAAUCAAGUUACUGAACCAGAAGAGGAACUGGCAAUAGAUGGCAAUCCAGAUACCCUUCACGAAGGGCUCAAGGACGGCGUGCUCCUCUGCAAACUAAUCAAUGUAAUCUGUCCAGGAUCUGUAAACAAGGUUAACACAAGCAAAAUGGCAUUCAAGCAGAUGGAGAACAUCGGAAAAUUUUUGGAUGCUUGCGAAACAUAUGGAGUAAACAAGCUGGAUUUGUUUCAAACUGUCAGUUUGUACGAAGCAACUAAUAUGCCUCAGGUAAUCGAUGGGAUCCAUGCUCUUGGUAGAAAGGCUGGCAGUAAGGGAUUUUCACCCUCCAUUGGAGCAAAGGAGUCGCAACAAAACAAGAGGGAAUUUACUGAUGAGCAGUUGCAGGCUGGCAAGGGUGUCAUUGGUCUCCAGAUGGGCUCGAACAAGGGAGCUAGUCAAGCAGGCAUGGACUAUGGUAAACCUCGCCAGAUUGCCGAGCAAUGACCCCCACUAUCUGGAGUAUGAACAAUCGUCCAAUCAUUAAAUUUUGUUUGAGCUGAUAUAACAGUUUUUGAGACCUAGCACAUUUCAAUUCAUGUGUGAUAUUAACAAUGUAAAAAUACUAACAGUCAAAAA